GAUCCUAUCGAAGAACAUCUUGGGCACAUUCUAUUUGCCCCAGCUGGUUUUCUGCAUCAGCGAGACCUUCCUGACCUUGUCCAAGUGCAGCGUGCAUGCUGCGGUUGGCGAGGCCUGCAAGACGAUGGGCAUGCUCGGCAUCGCAAACUCCAAGACUGGGCAGGAUGAUUGGCACAACAUCCUUGGAGGGGUAGAGUUCGCCAGCGACUUCACGAAGAUCAUCGAGACCGUCGGAGGCUUCGAGAAGCUUAUUCGCUUCCUGCAGAACACGCGUGAGCUCAAGGCCAAGGCCUUGGCUCUGGGAGAGGAGCUCAGCGCUAUGCGCAUGGAGCGAGCCUCUUACGGGCAGAUGGCCAACGUCGCGAAGCACAGGGAGAAGCGUCUUUUCGAGCUCCGCCGAUACUUCCACGGUCAGCUCACCUCGGAGGAUCGCUCCGAGGUCAUUAAGUUCCUUACUGUCAUCAACACCGAGAUUAUCGCUGCAAAGGCCAUGUUCCUGGCCUAUUCUGAUCCCUUCGAGAAGUAUCGGGCGUUGCUGUUUGAGUACGCCCACACGCUGGGUCACGGCGUGGAGGCUUUCAUGAACGGCCUCUACCGACGAGCAACUGCCUGCGGCCUUGACUACUCUGAGGCGUUCCGCCUCCAUGGCCAGUGUGUCGGCAUGGCAGUGCUAUGGGCUGGCGAGAUGUCGAAGCAGCAGGGGCUGUUGGAUGGCGACGGCUUCCUUGCGCACCAGGGACUGCUGCUUGACAUUACGUAG